AUGUCGAAUUAUAAGAAGAGAAAAAGUUCCAAUUGGUAUAAGCACCUGCCACCGAAAGUAACCAUUGCUAAUAAAGAUGUUUCCAAUUAUUCAAUAGCUCCACGCUUUGACUACAUUGGAUAUGAUCAUUAUUUUACUGAAACAGAUCCUGAAAAAGCUCAACCAACCCUCCAGAAAGUCCAAUCAUUUGAGAGCUUCAUAUAUAGAAACACCAAAUCAUUCAACUUUACAAAAAUCAUUGAUAAAGAACACUUUAAACUCAACUUACACAUUGUGUUCAAAGAUUAUGAGUUAAUGAAUGAAUGGAAUACACUCAGAGAAGAUUUAGUAAACAAUGCUCAAGUUACAAUUAAUAUCUUUGCACUAGCAAUGCAUCAAAUAAGCUACACAUAUCUUGCAAAAAACGACGAAGAAAUAUCAGAGAUCCGCAUAAUUCACUGCCGACUACAAAACUACGAACCAAUCCUUCAGAUUAAAAAUUUACGUGCGAAUGCCUACGGUAAACUCGUCUGCGUUAGAGGAACUAUAAUAAAAGCAUCUUUAAUUGGGCUUAAAUGUACUCAGAUUGAGUUUAAAUGUGCAUUUUGUACUGGUACACAAGUAAUACAACUUGAUGAUGGAACAUAUGUAGAACCAGAGAAGUGCGCUAUGAAAGGGUGCAAAGGACGCUCACAUUUUGAACCACUAUGGAGCUCUAAACAUACGCUAAGCGUGAGUUGUCAAAGUUUAAAACUCCUGGAAUUGGUUGGUGAAGAAACGGAUGACAACGCACGCAUGCCGAGGACUUUAGAAUGCGAAGUUUGUAAUGAUUUGGUUGGGAAGUGUACUUCUGGUGAUGAUGUUAUAUUAACAGGCAUAUUAAAUGUGAAAAAUGCGAAUGAAUCUAAAUUUUCUGCUAAAGGCAAAGUCCAACAGUCGGUUUAUGAACUUUUCCUGAAAGUUAACAACGUACAAAAUGAAAGAUCUCAAGAAAACCUUCCAGCUGUAUUCAACCCUAAAGAUAAUGAACUUAUAGAGGUAUUAUUCUCAAAUAUCACACAUAUUUCACAAAUUGUGUUAUUACAUUGUAUUUUUUUGCAGAAAAUCAAAGCUGAACCGAAAUUAUUCCGUUUUCUGGUCCAAUCUCUCUGUCCGAAAAUCUAUGGACAUGAAAUAGUAAAAGCCGGAUUGUUACUCGCGUUAUUCGGCGGUACCAAAGGCGAUAGUAACUGCCGCUCUGAUUCACACGUGUUGAUCGUAGGCGAUCCAGGUUUGGGUAAGAGUCAAAUGCUCCUCGCCUGUCACAAAAUCGCCCCGCGUGGUGUAUAUGUCGGUGGUAACACUAGUACUAACUCAGGAUUGACUGUAACAAUGUGUAAAGAAUCAUCAGGAGAAUAUCGUUUGGAAGCUGGAGCAAUGGUUCUGGCCGAUCAGGGAUGUUGUUGUAUUGAUGAGUUUGACAAAAUGUCUGCGCAACAAUCAUGUUUACUGGAAGUCAUGGAACAACAAAGCAUUAGUAUCGCUAAAGCUGGAGUGGUUUGCAGUGUGCCAACAAGAGCAAGUGUCAUAGCAGCAGCUAAUCCUGUUAAUGGACAUUAUAACAAAGCCAAAACCGUCAGUGAGAAUCUAAAGAUGAAAUCGCCAUUAUUAUCACGUUUUGACUUAGUUUUUAUUAUUUUGGACCAAGCAGAUGAGAAACGCGAUGCUAUGCUUGGCGAACACGUUUUAGCUCAGCAAUCAAACAAUAGUAAUAUGAGUUUUGAUACGACUUCGUAUCUUUUCGACGAGGAGAAAGAUAAAGGCACUGAGGAUGAAUUACGUUGUAAACUAAUGUUGAAACGUGGUGAAAAACUGGACCUACUACCGCCUGUUUUAUUUAAAAAAUAUAUUGCACACGCGAAAAAGUUCAUCCAUCCGCAAUUGUCAACCGAAGCGCAAAAUGUUCUUAAAUAUUUUUAUGUUGAUCUGCGUCGAAAGUAUCAUCGUGGUGAUGCUACGCCAGUUACAGCAAGACAACUAGAAUCUAUGGUGCGCUUAACACAAGCUCGUGCUAAACUUGAACUGCGUGAAACUGCAACAGCUGAAGAUGCGCAAGAUGUGGUUGAAAUAAUGAGAAGUUGUAUACUGGACGUGUUCACCGAUGACUUGGGCAUGUUGGACUUCACGCGAACACAAAAUGGCGCUGGCAUGUCAAAUCAUAAAUCAGCAAUGAAUCUGUUGAAGCAACUUCAAAAAUAUGCUGAUUCCAUGCAAAAAGACACGUUUGAUGUGAAAGAACUGAAAAAGAUGGCGGCGUCGAUUGGUCUACAGGGUGAAUCUUUCCACAACAUACUUGAUUCAAUGAAUAUCAAAGGAUACUUGUUGAAAAAGGGAUAUGAUCGAUAUCAACUCGUUGUUUGUGAUUAAUUUAACAUGAUUUAGUUUAAAAUAGAACAAUAAUUACUUGUUAAGUUUUAAAAUAUUUGUUGGCAGACGAUCGCGAAUGAUAAAUCGCUUUUCAUCACUGUCGGUUAAGUCGUCCAGGUAUCCGAACCAAUAAAUAAUUAACCCCGGACCGAAUCUACCAGUAAAAUAAUAAAUAUUUGUUUUUAAAUCAAA